GACGUUGAUUGAAAGUGGCAUCGCAUGUGAGAUAACUCCAUAAUAAUUACAGAGAAAGACAAAUAUCUGAAAUGGCAUGCUUUCAACUUACAGAAUCAUGGGAUAUUGCGAGUAAUGGGAGAGGAAAGAACCCAUCAUCCAACGUCACCGAUAACACCAGUCACAAUCAGGAACCCGGUUGGAGAAAGUUCCUGCAAUUUAUAGGGCCUGGUUUCCUCGUCUCAUUGGCUUAUCUUGACCCUGGAAACUUGGAAACUGAUUUGCAAGCGGGAGCUAAUCACGGAUAUAAGCUAUUAUGGGUGGUUCUUAUGGGAUUGAUCUUCGCACUUAUAAUCCAGUCCCUUGCUGCAAAUCUUGGUGUAAGCACUGGCAAACACUUAUCAGAGUUAUGCAGGAUUGAGUACCCAAAUUAUGUCAAGUAUUGCCUGUGGUUGCUAGCCGAAAUAGCUGUAAUUGCUGCUGAUGUACCCGAAGUGAUUGGGACGGCCUUUGCAUUGAAUAUACUAUUUCACAUCCCGGUAUGGAUUGGAGUUCUCUUCACUGGCUUUAGCACUCUCCUGCUUCUUGGCCUCGAGAGAUAUGGGGUGAGGAAGGUGGAAAUGCUGAUAGCAACCCUUGUAUUCGUAAUGGCUGGUUGUUUCUUUGCGGAAAUGAGUUACGCAAAGCCUUCUACAGUUGAUGUGCUGAAGGGCAUGUUUAUUCCCAAGCUCAAAGACCAAGGGGCAACCGGCGAUGCCGUUGCCCUGUUCGGUGCCCUUGUCAUGCCGCACAAUCUAUACCUGCACUCGGCUCUUGUGCUCUCCAGAAAAGUGCCCUCUUCUGUCCGGGGCAUUAAUGAUGCAUGUAGAUAUUUCCUCAUAGAAAGUGGAUUGGCCCUCUUUUUAGCAUUUUUAAUCAAUGUAGCAGUAAUCUCAGUCUCAGGCACUGUUUGCUCCGCCGCAAACCUCUCCGCUUAUAGCAAGGAUCAAUGCAGUGCUAUGACUCUAAACUCGGCUUCUUUUCUUCUAAAGAAUGUGCUGGGAAAAUCGAGUUCGAUUGUUUAUGCCAUUGCACUACUAGCCUCAGGGCAAAGUUCCUCAAUCACAGGCACAUAUGCUGGACAAUUCAUCAUGCAGGGCUUCUUGGAUUUAAAGAUGAAGCAAUGGAUGAGAAACUUGAUGACAAGGAGCAUUGCCAUUUUACCAAGUCUUAUUGUUUCAAUUAUUGGUGGACCUCAGGGAGCAGGCAAACUAAUUAUAAUUGCAUCGAUGAUACUGUCGUUUGAACUGCCAUUUUCUCUGAUCCCUCUUCUUAAAUUCAGUAGCAGUAGCACCAAGAUGGGACCUCACAAGAAUUCUAUUUAUAUUAUUCUUAUUUCAUGGAUCUUGGGUUUAGGAAUCAUGGGCAUCAAUGUGUAUUACCUAAGCACAGGAUUUGUGGGUUGGCUAAUCCACAACCAUUUACCCAAAGCUGGAAAUAUUGUAAUUGGUGUGAUAGUGUUUCCCCUAAUGGCCAUUUAUAUUUUAGCAGUUAUCUAUUUAGCUUUUCGGAAAGAUACUGUUGUAACAUUUACUGAGCCAACAAAAGAAGACCCAAUGGCCCAAGUUCACAUGGAGAAUGGACUUGUAAACCCUAUUGGGAUUGAGUCGGGCCAUGUGCCUUACAGAGAAGAUUUGGCUGAUAUUACUCUGUCAAGAUAAGAUGAUUUUAACCCAAAAUCAAAUGUAUGAUGAAAUGAUAUGAUAUUUUGAGUUAUUAGUGUAUACACAAUGUUGCAAUGAGUUCACUGUAGAGCUAGUCAUCAGUUGUAUUUCAGAAUUGUGGUUGGCACUUGGCAGUGUUAUUUUGGCAUGGCUCUCGAAUUUGAUUCUGCCAAAAGGUUAAUUUUAAUU